AUGAACUACUUGUUGAUUUUGGCCUUAGUCCCUGCCGCCUUAUGGGCUCAAGAACAAGAAUUCAGUGUUCAAACGAUCCCACCACCGGUAAAAGAACAACUCAACCAACCGUUCGCUUUUGGCGCUCGACCUAGGUUUAGGGUGGGUAAAAUACGCCGUAUUCGUUUUCGAUCAUAUUUUGUUUCAUGAUAAAUCAAAAAAUGGCAAAAACUUUCUUUACAAAACCAAAAAUGGUAAAAACUGUCUUUACAACACUAAAAAUGGUAAGAACUUUCUUUACAAAACUUAAAAUAGCAAAAACUUUCGUUACAAAAAAAUGGCAAAAACUUUCUUUACAGAACAAAAAACGGCAAUAACUUUUUUUACAAAACAAGAAAUGGCAAAAACUUUCUUUACAAAACAAAAAUAGCAAGAACUUUCUUUACAAAAUUCUAAUCCAAAAUCUUGUAGCAAUACGGCGCCUACUCCUCGAACCAAGACUCCUCCUUAUACGAAAUGCAGAACACUCAAUUUGGCUUCGCCAAUGGCGGUGGAGCAGGUGGACAACACCCAUAUGGUGGACAAUUCCAACAAGACAAUCAAGAGUAUGGCAACGCUCGUUUCCCAGCGAUGAACGAUCCUCAGCAACAACGCUACUGGAAUUCAGCUUCAUCGUCAGGGUUGAGCUUGUUUGGGCUAGGAUUCAUGGUUUUUACUGCUUUAUUGGCCAAAUUUUAA